AUUAGCAUGGAAAAACCAACCAGAAACACAAAACAAGAUCAAAGAGCAGAUAUAGGAAGAGACUAGCAAAGUUCUGAGAAAUGGAAAACAGCGCCCCUACGACAGAAGUGAAGCACGUUUUGGUGGUGAAAUUCAAGCCUGAAACCACAGAAGAGAGGAUCGAUGAACUCAUCAAGGAGUUCGUUAAGCUCACUGAUGUUUUCAAAUCAAUCAAGAACUUCAUCUGGGGGAAAGAUGAGAGCAUAGCAAACAUGACUGGUGGUAAUACCCAUGUCUUCCAACUGACAUUCGAUACCAUGGAAGACGUCAACGCAUAUAUUGCUCAUCCUGCACAUAUGGGUUUUGCCAAACAACUGUUGGAAGCUACUGACAGCAUCAUCCUCAUGGACUACAAACCAGUUACUGUCACUAUUCCUCACGCAUGAAUUCGACAUCUAUCUGUCUAGAUCAGCAUCUUGUACUGUUCUAUUAUUUGCGAUUUCGUCUGUUAGUAAUGGGUUGUUUGAUUUGUGAGUUCGUCAGUUCAUCUUUCAUGGAACUUCGUUGUAGCGUGUGUUGAUUUUCAUGACCAAAAUUUUAUUUUAUAAUAAGAUUCAUAGCUUCACAUGAUUGUGUACGUAUGAUGUAUCCUUACACAGACCUGUACUGUGAAUCAAUUUCUUAAUAAAUCUCAAGCACUAUUGUUCUUCCU